CGCUGAUAUACCCGCCCAGGCACACCGAAUGUUGAGCAGAUUCGCAUCGUCACCUUCGAUCCUUUAAAAUGGCCGUCAACGAUAUUAUCACCGAUCCUUCGCUCCUUCCAGUCUUGAAAGCUAGCUCCGAGACCUUGACGCAGUGCCAGAAUCUGCUUGGGUUGCUGGACCCAACCGCUCUCACCUCCCCUCUACCCCAAGAGACUGUCUUAAACAUCUCAAAACAACAGAAGCUCGUGUUUGCAUUGCUCUCGCAGCUCCGGGGACUGAACCGCGAAGCUAUCCUUAAUGUUCGAGCGACAAAGCAGGCCACUGCGGAAGCGCGCCAGGAGAUUGACCGACUUCACCUCCACCUUCAGAAUUUAUACUACGAACAAAGACAUCUCAGUGGAGAAAUCGCCGCAUGCGAGUCAUACGACCACCCGUAUACAUCGCUGCCUCUAAUCCCCGUUCAAGAGUUCCUUGCCAUUUACCCCGAACAUGCAAAUUCCAACGAUAAUGAACUCAUGAUCGCGCGAAUAAACCACGAACACGCUGAACGGGAAAAGCUGGAACAAGCCCGGCAGGAGCUGUUGAAGAGAAAGCAAGCCUUGAUCGCUGAAAACAAGAAGAGGAAGGACGAUUUGGCUAGUCUAGACUUAGACUUGGAGCGAUUCAUUGAUGCUGCCAAACCGAUCCAGAAGCUUUUUGAGAAGGAGUAUGCGGUGGCAAGCCGUAAAACAAGCGUCGAUGAGAAGUGACGUUUCAAUUGACGCAUGCCGGUAUCCAUAAGUUUCUUCAAAGAUGGAGGUCUACAGACAUAUUCGGGCGUCGUGAGCUGGGGGGGUUAUUCGAAAUCACAAUUAUGCCCUUCUUGAAUCCCAGCCGUACAUUCCGAUACGUCGGACGGCACGCGCAUUAUCCAUGAGACUUCCCGACGGAGCGCCGACGAAGCCCCACGUGGUCAGCAGCCUUAGGUUGCACCUAAUUCUAGUUUGGACGGUGCAAACCAUCCGU